GGGAACAGACAUUCCGAGGGGAACAGAACAGGCUGCUACACCGAGUUACGGGUUGGAAGACAGAGGAGCGAAGGAAACGAGGAGGCACCGAUUUUAGAGCCACCCGCAGGGUUUGGUUAUCAAAGUACACAUGAUCCAAGUUUGCCGUUACGUUUUCUCCAAUUGUGGGGCUGCAGACGUUGGUAUCUCCCAAGAAUUAGGCAAUCUCUGGUUCUGGUAAGACCAUGGUCCGACGCCAAUGAUUGGUUCACUUUAAUGUAGGGUUGUGCGAUGAUCUCUCCAAUUGGUCAAAUACGGAUCCUCGUGUUUAGUGUGAACCAAUCCAACUCAUGGUUGUGUUUCAUUUGCUUUCAGACUGUGCUUCACGCUAAGCAAUAGCUCGUAACCACUGCAAGUUGUACUUGUAAAUAAACGUUCACUUUUGUUAAAUUAUCUGCUUGUCGAUUUUAAAAACGUAUGAAUAUGCCAGAAAACGAUAAAGAAAAUCUCGCUAUGGUCACCUGCACGGGACCGGUAAACAUCGCUGUCAUCAAAUACUUUGUUAUUGACAUUGAAUCAGGGGGGAAACGUGAUGAAGAUCUCAUUCUGCCAAUCAAUUCAUCCCUCAGCGUAACACUGCAUCAGGACCAGCUCAAAACAACGACAACAAUUGCGUGCAGCAGAAAUUUACAGCAAGACCGCAUCUGGUUGAAUGGCAAAGAAGAGGAUAUCAGUAACCCCAGAUUGCAGUCAUGUCUGCAGGAGAUUCGAAGGUUUGCCCGCAAGAGACGAAAUACUGGUGAUUCCACUUCUGAUGUCAGCAGUGUAUCCCAUAAGGUCCAUAUUUGCUCUGUGAAUAAUUUUCCCACUGCUGCUGGCCUGGCAUCCUCUGCAUCAGGCUACGCCUGUCUGGUGUACACACUGGCACAGUUGUUCGGUGUGGAGAGAGAGCAGCUCUCUGCAGUGGCGCGGCAGGGCUCUGGUAGUGCAUGCAGGAGUUUGUAUGGUGGCUUUGUCCAGUGGAAAUUGGGGGAACGGUCGGAUGGGAAAGACAGUCUCGCUGAACAAGUGGAAUCUGAGUCACACUGGCCAGAGCUCAGAGUACUGGUCCUUGUGGUGAGUGCUGAGCAGAAGUCUGUUGGGAGCACGUUUGGAAUGCAUACUAGUGUGGAGACAAGCCAACUUUUAAAGUACCGGGCAGAUGUUGUGGUGCCCAGUCGUAUGGAGGAGAUGAUCAGGGUUAUUCGAGAACGAGACUUUCCAGCAUUUGGUGAGCUGACCAUGAAAGACAGCAAUCAGUUUCAUGCCAUCUGCCUGGACACCUAUCCACCCAUAUUCUAUCUGAACCACAUAUCGCACCGGAUCAUCAGCCUAGUUCACCGCUAUAACCAGUACUAUGGAGAGACCAGGGUGGCAUAUACCUUUGAUGCUGGUCCUAAUGCUGUUAUUUACACCUUGGAAGACCACUUGCCAGAGUUUGUACAGGUGGUCCGUCAUUUUUUUCCCCCAGAAGUCAAUGGAGCAGAAUUUGUCAAAGGUCUUUCUGUGUGUUCAACUGACCUUUCUGAGGAGCUAAAGAGAAACAUUAAUAUGGAGCCCAUGCCCAAGGGUAUACACUACAUAAUCAGCACUAAGGCUGGUCCUGGGCCAUGUGUGGUGAAGGAUCCAAACCAUCAUUUGUUGGGAGCUGAUGGGCUGCCCAAGAAGAGUGCUGUUUCACAUUAACCCUAAAGAUCCUUAUAGAGACAGAAAAAGUUUAGCAUAUAAUUUGUAUAUAUAUAUUUCAAUAUAAAUUGUUACGUAAAGAGUGAAUUUACUAUUAUUAAAUAAUGAUUUAUAUGAUGACACAAUCUGUCUUUUUUCUGAUCUCCAUAAAGUGAUUUUUAUCUUUGUUUAGGCUCAUAAGAAUUAGGCUUAAAGAAUGGGUGACAUUAACAAACCUUAAUAUUUAAGUUAUAAAUGUUUAUGAACUGCAAAAACAAAAACAGCAGUGGCUUUUUUUUUUUUUUUUGUAAA